AUGUCUCUCCGCAAACCAGACUUCCACCUCCAGAUGCCCGCCAUGAGCCAGACGGACCUGCAAUUCCAGCCGCGCAGCCCCAUGCGCAGCCCGCGUUUCCGCGAGGACUUCGACGCCCCCUUCUCCGAGGCCUUCCUGGACCCUCUCCCGCCGCAGCCGCCCAAGACGUCCUACUUCGUCGAGACCAAGGACAAGAUCGAGGCGCCGCCCCAGCGCAGCUACGACGACUCCUGGGUGCAGGUGCCUAAGCGCCGCGAGAGCGUCAACGAAAAGGUCCUGCAGUGGGCCAAGAGGUCCCUGACCAUCAAGCGACAGCAGCGCCCGGCUCGUUUGGGUGACGGGUUUGUUGCCGAGGGGCGAGCGAAUUCCAGGGCGUCGAGGAGAAUCAGCGGCUUGCCGGUGGAGGCCAUGUUUGGGAAGCGCAGCAACUCGCACGCUCAGCCGCCGACUAUCAUCACCGUUGCUGAAAUCCAGAAGCUCGUGUGA